GGCGUUUCCAGGCAGCUCAAACAUAAACAAAGGGAAACGGGCAAGGCGGAGUGUGGGACCUGGAGGUUGCUUGAGACCUCCCUCUCUGCCUCCCCGUCCCCUGCAGCCUCCGGGAUGCCGUCCCCGCUGAGGCUCCUCUUCCUGCUCGCAGUGCUUUCGCCUCGGCGGGGUGUCCCAGCCCCGUUACUUCUGGAAGGACAGACCUACGGGACCGAGGAGCCCCUCUUCGGCCUGCAUAAUCUCAUCCGGCGGUUUGGCCGCCUCUUGCAGCCGUCCCCCAACCUCCACCAUUUUCCUGGACAGCAGGUGGAGCUGAGCAGAACUGUGAAUCUCUUUGAUGAGCUCCUGAAUUUCCGGGACCUCCCUCCAAACUACCACAACGAGGCCCAGUCUCAACAGAGAGUGGGCAAUGCCACAGUCUACAGCCACCGCCAGAUCAACAAGGAGACAGACAACAGCACUGGAGAAGUAGUGUUUGAGGAAAAGGUAAUAGCAUCCGUGGAAGAAGACGACAUGGGGAAGAGCCCAUCCAUCAAGGAGGAGGUGCAACACCGCCAGAUCCAAAGACCCCAGCUCAACUCUCCGCCCCACAUUGCCUUCUUUCUUGUCCCACUUCCUCGACGCCUGGCAAGAACUGACCCGCCUCCUUCGGGUGGGCUGAGGGAUCACUGGUUAGACAACCCCCAGAACCGGCUCAUGGCCCUCCGCGCUGGACUCCGCCAGGCCCCUCGUCUCCACCCCAUCUCCCCGAGGUCUCAUUUCCUCUACUUACUGCGGCCUCCCCACCCACUCUAGAGGUGCUUGCAGGUUGGGGACACAGAGGCACGAGUUGAGAUUACUGGCCGGUGUGUACCUGUUGGAAAGAAUAAAGUUUUAAUGUGAAAAGUCAAA